UAACUCUGGGUUACUUCCAGGCGGAGUUCGACUGGGAUCAACACUUGCAGCACGACAUCAUCAAGUCCAUCUUCAUUGGCUACAUAGUCGCCCACGUGCCGGCCGGUGUGUUGGCGGACAUGUUUGGUGGCAAGCACAUCUUCGGGAUCGGGAUCCUGGUGUCAUCUAUCCUCUCCUUGUGCUUCCCCUUCCUCGCCCGUCUCAGUCCUUACGCCUUCAUCUUCGGCCGAAUCCUCCAAGGCUUUGGUCAGGGAGUCAUGUUCCCCAGCUCCAGCGCGCUGAUAGCCAAGUGGCGCGCCCCCCAGCGAGAGGUCUACGAUGACUGGUAUCAUUCAAUCAG